AGUUUCGCUUUCUUCGUUGAUAUUUGUGUUGAUGUGUUAAAAUUUUCGAAGAAUUUCUUUUUCUUUUCAUAAUUCAACAUGAUCCAAGGAAAUGACGAUGUUAUCGAAAAUGUUAACGACCAAGAUACAGCAAUUUUCAAAAGUUCUAUUAAAUAUUUAUACAAUUUAACAGAAAACGGCAAUCUUGACGUCGACGCUCUAAAAUCGUUAUAUAGAACCAAAUGUAAGCUAAUGGAACUUCGAAGACAUAUUGUUGUACAUAAUGCUAAAAGCUUAGAAAGGUGCGAACGAUGCUUUUUAGAACCACAUAAAUAUAACACAAAGUAUGAAAUACAGCCCAUUAAAAUCGGGAGAUUUGCAAAAAAAGUUAUUGCGAAAGUAAACAGUAACAAAGUACUGACAAAGUACCAAAAUUUGUAUUACAAAAAGUUGUGUUCACAAUUUCCAAAUGGUUUUGACAAUCACAAUAAAUUGGUAAAGGUUUGUGGUCACUGUGAGAAAAAGUCAACACUUUGGAUGAAGAAACCGAAAAUAGUAAAUACAUUUGUGUUUACAAAUACACUCGAAAAUCUAGUUGGUCAGAAGAAAAAAAAGAAACAGAAAAAGAAAAAAAGAAGGGAUCAACUUGAACUAGCUUCACUUAAAUUAAAAAAUGACCGUGAAAGUUCCAAAGUUUAUGUGGAAGCUCCAAAGAAUAAUGAGGAUCCCAAUAGAGCGCUUGAAGAGGAAAAUGAACCAACCCAUUCUUCAGAUAGAAAUAGUAUGGUUGAUAGUAAUCCUUUGAGGAUUUUUGCAACAUCAGAUAUUGUGCCUGAAACAACAUCAAAAAAGAAACGAAUGAAAUUAUCGAAGAAGGAGGGAAAAAUUAUCAAAAAAGUAAAACCUGUGCCAUUAUCUAAAGCUGAGGUAGAAGUGAAGAAAAAGAGAUUAGCAGCCUUGAGUGAAAUGUUAAAGGAUGCUGGCCAGAGCAAAAAGGGACCUCCAAAACUUAACAUCUUUUUACAAAGCCUUAAUAAAUAAGAGAAAAUUCAGGGAAAGUUUUUACUUUAUUUUAACUAUGAAAAUUGGAAGGAUAUUAGUUAAAUAAUACAAACAUUUUAUAUUUUAAA